CUAACUAAUUUACAAUUCUGAGUUAACAUUUAAAAAAAAAAGCUGCCAAAACGUUUCUCUAUCGUAUCCGGUGACUUUUUUAGUAAAGGGAUUUAAUCAGUACUUUUAGUUUAAGUACAGUGUGUGAGAACUUUGGUCACCUCUUUUUUAAAACGUGACCCAAUAAGUCAUUGAAAACAUCCUAAUUAUUUGAAAGUGAGAAUUUAAUUGGUGCUCUGAAAAACAGCGACAAAAUUAUGUUAAUAUCUGCAAUGAAAUGAGUGAAAUAAUAUGACACAGGUAUCUUUAAAUGUGUAAAGUCAUUGAUUUUUUUUAGCGAUAUCAUUUUUUUUUCAAUUUCUCUUCAGAAGGUUAAAGAUAAGGAACCGCUGAUCGACCCUAAAUGGCCGUCCGUUCGCUUUUUAUCGAUUCCGACGACAGUAAAGGCAACUUCAACCAACCCGGAAGCGUGACGUCAUAUACAAUAACAAACCCGACUGUCCGCGUCUCCUCGUGACCGCGCUGGCUUGUUUGUAAGCAGACAAAACACGCAAAGUGAAACCUACCGGCCCGAAUUCCGUUCACUGAGUGGACGGCGUUGUCUCCCAGAAAACAGUCCGAAGUUCACCAUUCAUUCAUUCCUGCCCACCCUUCUCCGUUAGCUUAGCAGCUUGCUAACGCACUUGAACAUAAUGAGAUGCGUGUGAACCAAGCUCCGCUGCUCCUCCUCCUUGCGUAUUUCGAAAAGGCCACUUCUGCUUUUAUUUAUAUUUGGGUUGGAGGCAGACAAGUCGCUCUGCCGGCUUUGGAAACGGCGAGGCUCACCAACGGCGAUGGAGCCACACGCGCCUGCGACGGGCUGUGUGAACGUUGGUUGCCUGACCAGCACCUUGCCUGUGAUUCCCUACCAGAAGCUGACCGACUUGUACUACCUGAGCAGAGGGGGCUUCGGUACCGUGUUCAAGGCUCAGCACUCCGACUGGAGGACCACCGUGGCCAUCAAGUGCCUCAAGUUGGACUCCCCGUUCGGCGAAAGAGAGCGGAAGUGUCUGCUGAAGGAGGCAGAGGUCCUCCACAAAGCCCGCUUCAACUACAUCCUCCAGAUUUUUGGGAUCUGCAACGAGCCGGAGUUCUUCUGCAUUGUGACCGAGUUUAUGAGCAAUGGCUCCCUUGACCAACUGCUGCACGAGAAGGACAUGUACCCUGUGCUUGCCUGGCCUCUGAGACUGAGGGUCCUGUAUGAGAUCGCCUUGGGAGUCAACUUCCUUCACAACAUGUCCCCCCCCCUCCUACACCACGACCUGAAGACACAGAAUAUUCUGUUGGACAGCGAAUUCCACGUCAAGAUUGCAGAUUUCGGUCUUUCUAAAUGGCGGCAACUCUCUGUCAGUCAAGGCUCAGGGUCCAGACCGUCUGAAAUUGGUGGCACGGUGAUCUACAUGCCCCCAGAAGAGUACGAACCCUCCAGGAGCCGCCGCGCUGACGUCAAACACGAUAUGUACAGUUAUGCGAUCAUCAUGUGGGAAGUGCUUUCCAGGCAAAUUCCUUAUGAUGAAGUGACCAACCCCAUGAAGAUCAUGUUUAAUGUGCUUCGCGGGAUGCGUCCUGACACAAGCCAAGCCAGUCUGUCGGAUCAGAUCCCUAGCAGAGACACGCUUGUUUGCUUGAUGACCUGCGGCUGGACCGCAAACCCUGAUGAAAGACCUUCCUUCCUCAAGUGCCUCAUUGAGCUGGAGCCCAUGGUGAGGAAGUUCAACGAAAUCGACUUCCUGGUGGCUGUUUUAGAGAUCAAGAAGUCAAGGGUGAAGCAUAGAUCCAGCUGCUGCUCAGCACAGCCCGAGAGCGAGAAGACGGCCGAGGACGAGACUCUGACGAAGCUGAAGAACACAUCCCGCAUUUGGCCGGAGAACAUCAUCUCAGGCUCAGGCUCUGGCUCUUGUUCCUCCCAGGAAACGGACAUAUCACUACCAGGCGCCCUCACCAGCAGCAACGUGGCGCCUUCCAAAGAGCGACCGCCAUCAUCAGUCUCAGUUCAUACUCUGGACCCCCCCGAGUCUCUGAAGGACAAUCUAAACGGCUUCCAGAGUGCCCGGCCAAUGAACGACAUGAGCAAAUUUCUAAGACCUGCUCCGCCUUUAUGGGAGAGCGACACGCAGCUGGAGGCCCUCACACUCAGUGUAAAUUGUACAAAGCCACAAGCAGAUAAUUCGCCUCCCUUGCGCUGCUCAUCACCUUCGCAGGGUCCCAUCGGUCAAUGGAUGUCGACGCGACGCGAGGAGAUCGUGGCCCAAAUGACGGAAGCCUGCCUCAACCAGAGCCUGGACGCCCUGCUCGCGCGCGCCAUGCUGAUGCGCGAGGAUUACGAACUGGUGGUGAACCAGGGCACACGCGCCGCCAAGGUCCGCCAGCUCCUGGACGACUGUCACAGACACGGCGAAGACUUCUGCCGCGUCGUCGUCCACAAACUACACCUCAACAAGCAGAUGGGCCUCCAGCCGUACCCAAAUGAAAUCCUCUCGGCUGCCACAGUGUUGGGGCCCAGCGCGCCGCCGUCUUCGGUAUCCUACAAUAUCCCCAGAAACUUGUAGGCCCGCAAUGGAAACUGUCCAGAUUGUAGACUGUGCCAAAUAUUUGUUCCAUCGACCUUUAAUUCAGGAGGUCGUGUGUACAGUACUUCCAGGUGGCAUAAACUCAAACAUCACAACAAGAUGGUAAAUGCCUGAAGUUAUGAUUUUCGAUGUGAUGUGUUGUGAUUUUCACCCACAGACGCCAACGUCCUUGGCCCCACAUGUCCCACAUGCCGUGAACCACCGCAGGUCGCAGUCAAAAACAAGAUGUUGGGGGUAGGCGUAGUUCUUCCAAGACAGUGAACACUGAGGGACUGGCUCAUUGAUUGACAAUUCUGUUGUUAUUGAUGUUUAUUUUCCAUGCAAACUAUUUCAAACUUUAGUUCAUCAUUCCCACUAUUCCAUUCGUAGUCCAUAAUUCAAAAUUUUGAACGAAGUUCACCGUUUCAAAAAUGAACGACUACUAGUUUAUUUACUUGCCCCCCCCCUCCCUCUGAAUAUAUUGUGACAGGCAAUUACCCUAAAAAUACUGGCAUUUUAUUUUUCCCAUGUUGUCACCCCUUGAGUCCAUAUUAGUCGCCAGCUGCAGCUUUCGCUCUACUAUCUCAAAAGCUUGAGUAAAAAUGUAUAUUUUUUUAAAUGCAUAAUUAAAAGAAAACAAAACUUUUGUCUUUAACGUGCACACAAAAAAACACACAAAACAAUAUAAUAGGAACAGUGGUGAAAGGACAAUGACGACUUUGGAUUCCUAACAGCUCUAUAUUAUCUUCAUUGAACUAUUUUCAUUUUUCUUAGAUUACCAAAAGGGUUAAUCCUAAAUUCAUUUUUAUCAAGGUGUGAUCCUACAUGUUUUAACUGAACUGGCACUGCACUAAAUCGGUUGUCAAAUAAUGUCCUGAUUAUCCCCGAAACACAAAGCCUCGUUGAAAGUGUGUUCAGCCGGGUUUUGUCCUGGAAGUACCUAACACACCCGGACGCUCUUGAAUGAAAAUGAAUUGCAGUUCAAGAACUGUUCCCAGACGCCAUAAUGAGCCCAUUCUCAAUAGCGUUCACAUGGCAGAAAUUAGUUCACGUUAUGUUUUCCCAUAAUAUCAACAAAUUCAUGAACUUAUUUUUAUCGAACUCAUUCAGAUACAACACUGAGCACAGACUUGGUGUUUUGUAGUCUACUAGUAGACUAGAUUUUGUUUUGCUAAAUGACUUGAAAACGGCACACCCAGAAAUUUUAUACAGAUCUGUGAGAAAAUGCUUUCCACAACCCUAAUUAUGAAGGUUCGGUUUCCAUUCUGUCCAUUUGGACUUGACUACUCGGGCAUAAAGCUGUACAGUAUUGUGAUCUCUUCACAGCCACUUGAUUUAUACUCCUCACUUGUAGGUUCCACCAAAUUGUGACAUACUUUUAAAAGAAUAAACAAAAUGGUUUGUCAUAUACUGUAUCUGCCGGCGCAACCCAAAACACGUGUUUUUCAGUUCAUGUUAGUAGUAGUUUCCGCCCCCUUGGAAGUACUUUGGUGCCAAUUUUUUAACAAACAUCGUGAAAAGGUCCAUUUGCUAAAUCUAUUUUUUAUUGAAACUGUCGUCAUAGCUGGAGUUAGUGUUAAAUGCUUAAGUCAGUGGUUCCCAAAGUUUCGUUUAUCGAGAUGAAAUUUUCAGUGACCAAAACUUGCACAUUUGCAAUGCUGCCCCCCACCCACCCAAUGGCUUGCAAACAUUAUUCCUUGUAAAUCAAAAACAUGAACAACAGCUGGGAGUAACUUGGUAAUGAAAAGUCUUCACAGUAGCCCCCCGCUCCAUCAUAGAAUUGGACAGUCCUCCCAGGGGACACGCCCCCCAGUUUGAAAACCACUGUCUCAAGUCAAAAAUAGUUGGGCUUCUCUUCUGUAUUAUCUAAAGCAAGAGUCCUCAAACCAUUUGGUUCCGGUGGUUCCCUCUAAUUUUUGCACCAGAUGAACAUAACUACAGUGGAUAUAAAAAGUUGACAAACCCCUGUUCCAUUUUGUGUUUUUACACAAAUGUGCACAUGCUCUUCUAUCUUGGAAAUGUUCAGGAAAUUAUCAUUAGAAUUAUUUGGUUUUGUCUCAUAACACAAAGCUAGCAUUAAAACAGGGGUGUGUAGACAUAUUGACCUGUUUAAUAGAAAGGAACUCAAACAAGUCAACUCUAAUUAUUGUAGCAUUGUAGUUUUAGUGACUUUUCUGACGGCAUUAGGUAACAAAACAGACAUGACUGCACAAAUUAAUUUUAAUUUGUAUUUCUUGUCUUGAAGGUCAGUGGUUCUCAAACUUUUAGAUUCAAGGGAUCUCUUACAGAGGAGAGACCCACCCCCACACGCCCCAAAAAAUUCCUAAAACCAAUUAAAUCUAAGCAGCAUGUGUCGCAUAAAAUGCCAUAGGAAUUUAAAAAAUGUCUAUUUUUUUAGUUUGUUUCAAUUAGUUAAUAUUUUUAGCUGAAAAAAAGAUGUUUUGAAAAUAAAGUCGUAUUUUUUCAAGAAAAACAGUCAUCUUUAAGAAAAAAAAAGAUGCAUUUUGUCAGGGUGAAAAAAAGUAAUAAUCUUACAAGGUGUAUUUUUACCCAAAAAUGUCAUCACAAUUAGAAAUAAAAGAGAGAAGUGAUUCAUAUUUUAUAAAGAGAAUGUCAAAAAUAUAAGUUUAUUAUCAUAAUUCACCUUUUAUUUUGUAAAAUAUGCCUUUGCUAUUUUUUUAAAGCACUAUAUUCUUAAAAACAUAGGUCUCCUGUAUGUAAAAAGAAUCUUUUGUUUUUGUGGUAAUACCAUUUAUGUUCUUAAAAUAAUAAUAAGACAGGAGCCUGUUUUUCUUUCAAUGGUAGGACUAUUGCACAUUAUUUCAUGGCCCGCAGUUUGAGAACCCCUGAUCUAAAGAACUUCAUUUUAUUUUCAAACAUUUUAGUGAUUUACUCUAUGUAUAGUUUCUUUAUUCUGAGGUUGUACUUUACAGUCUUACUUUGGUAUAUUUUAUAGUAUAUUUUUAUUUUAUUUUGAUUUAUUAUUUUUUUUAUUUUUGCUCGGCUCCACGGAUUUGAUAUUUGGAGCCUCAUUUGUGGAAUGUAAACAUGCUCAACCCUCCCGUAAUUAUGAUUGCGUUAUCGAUGUCAAGUCGCUUUUAAGGUGCAGGGAACACACUGCGAAGGUGAGGUUGAAAUCCAAUUAAAAUCUCCUUUGAAAUGUUCAGGUAAUUAUUUUAUUGAUCAAUCAUGUCGAGAAUAUUAGUUAUCCAU